AUGUCUUCGCCUCCGCAAGAAACACUAGCUAUUGACCCUGACGCUACACGGGAUGACCCGGCGCUAGACGGGGAGGAGAUGGCGGAUGUGGAGACAAAAGCGAAGUUGUCGAUUGAUAGUGAUGAGGCGAAGGAGGAUGCUGAUGCUGAGGUUAUACUUUCGGCUACUGCAUCGGUGUCGUCGAGUCUUUAUGAGAGUGUCGAGGAAAAUGGGAGAAAUUAUCAUAAAUAUAAAGAAGGGAAAUACUACUUACCAAAUGAUGAGAACGUGCCCUCGAUUUCGGAACCGGAACCGGAAUCUGGGCAAUUGAAUUCGCAGAAAAAUAUCCCAAUUGUCAGCGUCCCAGCCAAUCUCACAUUCGAAGUCGACGACAUAGAAGAUGCUUGGGUAUAUUCUCAUCAAUUCAGCUACAUCCAUGGCCGACUUAUGGCAUUUGCGCUCAAGAAUCCACUUGAAGUAUUCAAAAAAGCGUUUAAAUCCCUCUCACCAGGUGGGUAUUUCGAGAUGCAAGAUCUCAAUCUCCCAAUCAAGGCUUUAGACAACUCUCUUGAGGGGACCACCAUGCAACGUAUCUCCGAGUUACUUCUCAGCACGGUGGCGAAAGUAGGAUUGGAUCCUACGACGACGGGUAGGUACAAGAAGAUGAUGGAGGAAGUUGGAUUCGUGGAUAUUAAAGAGGUGGUGAUUGAAUGGCCGAUUGGCACGUGGGCGAAGGGUGCGUAUCAUAAGAAAUUAGGUAGGUGGUUUAGGAGGGAUAUGGAGGUUGGGACGGAGGGGAUUUUGAUGGGGCUGUUUACUAGGGUGAUAGGGAUGACGAGGGAGGAAGUGCUUGAGUUGGUGGUGGAGUUGAAGCGGGAGAUGAGAGAUCCAAAGAUUCAUGCCUAUCAGCCAUUGGCGGAGGAGAAAAAGGCCAAGAAAAAGGAUGAUGACGAUCAAGAUGGAGGUGGCCAGCCGUCAGCUAACGGGAACAAGAAUGGGAAACCCAAAAACAAGGAGAAACAAGAGGCCUAUCUCGCGAACUAUGGGAAAAAAGCUUCGGGAGGAAAGCAGCCGAAAAAGAACGAAGGGACGAAACAAAAGACGGCUAGGGUGCUGAGAACAAAGCUCUCAAGCGUCGUGAAGUUUUUGAAAAAGACCUUUACGAUUGAACCGAAAACCCGUGAAAUUUGA